UAAUGGAGAAGGAGGAAGAGACGUUUGUUUAGGUUUAGUCUCGGCAACACAUCUACUUUUCCCUUAUCCUGGAGCAGGAUUUCUCUUUUUUUUUCAUCGUUAAAAAUGCCUUUGUUUUCCCAAAACCCCUUCGACCAAGAUGUCGAGAAGGCAACAAAUGAAAACAACACAACAGACGACUGGGGGCUCAUUAUGGACAUCUGUGACAAAAUUGGAACGACGUCCAACGGACCAAAGGACAGCUUGAGAUCCAUAAUGAAGAGAGUCAACCACAAAGUGCCCCAUGUUGCCAUGCAGGCUCUCAAUUUGCUGGGUGCCUGCGUAUCAAACUGUGGCAAAAUAUUCCAUCUGGAAAUCUGCUCUAGGGAGUUUUCUGCUGAAGUUCGCAGCGUGUUGAACAAGGCCCAUCCUAAGGUGUGUGAAAAGCUAAAGGCGAUGAUGGUGGAGUGGGCAGAAGGCUUCCAGAAGGACCCCCAGCUCAGCCUGAUUGGUGCCACCAUCAAGAGCCUCAAAGAGGAAGGGGUCAGCUUCCCAGCAGCCACCUCACAGGGAUCCAGCACAAAGGUCAGCACACCGGCUCCGAGCAAAACGCCAGAUGACGAUGACCUGGCCAAGGCCAUUGAGUUAUCCUUACAGGAACAGAAGCAGCAAGCGGAAACACGACCUCUGACCCUGACCGCCGACCCACCAACCAACACUAACGGCGGCGGAGGGCAGGAGAUCCGGAAAGUGCGCGCGCUCUACGACUUCGAAGCAGCCGAAGACAACGAGCUCACCUUCAAAGCCGGAGAACUUAUUAUAGUUUUGGACGACAGUGAUCCAAAUUGGUGGAAAGGGGAAAACCACAGAGGAGUCGGGCUUUUCCCCUCAAAUUUUGUCACAACCAAUUUGAAUGCCGACCCAGAGCCAGUGGCUUACGUCGAGAAGUCGGCCACUCCGGAGGAGACGAGUCUGGAAAUCAGAGCCGAGCCCGAGCCGGUCUACAUUGACGAGGCGAAGAUGGACAGAACGCUGGCGCUCCUGCAGAAUACGGAUCCCGCAGAUGCGACUCCUGACUCUGCAGAGCUGAUCCAGCUGGAAGGUGCAUGCGAACAGAUGAACCCGCUGAUUGAUGAGAAGCUACAAGAGAUCGACAGGCAUCACUCGGAGCUGUCGGAUCUCAACCUGAAAGUCAUGGAGGCCCUGGAGCUUUACACCAAGCUCAUGAACGAAGCCCCUUACUACGCCGCGUACUCCAAGAUGCAGACGCAGUACGGCCCACCUGGCUCUUCUGUGCCCAUGCAGGCUUACCUUGGACCAGCUGGCGCCCCGUACCUGCCCCCCGGCGGCCCACAGGUUCCUCCUGCGCAGCCUUACUCUCUGCCCAACGACCAGCCUGGACCGCUGCAUUCAAUACCCCCCACCGUCACAGCGCCCCCUAACAGCCAGGCUGCUCAGCCUCCCUACAUGAGCAGCGGGAUGAACUCCCAGUACAUGACCCAAGCUCCCGGUGCUCCUUACCCGGGCCAGGCGGGCGUGGCCAUGGAUAUGUCAGCCUAUCACAACGUGGCUAACAUGCCUCCUGUGUCUUACCCUGUUGCUGUUCCUCCUCACCAGGCUCCUCCUCCUCAGCAGCAGCCGCCACCGGCAGCGUACUACCAGCAGCCUUUGCUGUAAAUCUCUAAACAGCCACGCAGACCUUCAGCUACACUCUUCU